AUGCCAGAAGUGGCACCCUUCUUCAAAAAAUUGGCCAAUCUCAGAAGAGCAAUGAACUCAAAGCCUUUCCCUCGAGUGACGCUUAUCACAGGUAUCGUCACCAACUCCGACGACCGGGUAUCUUCAAUCCUGACGAACUUGGGUCUGCGGGUCAAUACUGCUCGACGAGCACAGCAGGACGAGCUAUCGACAUUAGUCAACAAAUUUGAUCUUGACUUCACAACAACGAGCUACGACGUUGGCCACACCAAACCUGCGAAAGAAAUCUUUGAGGCUGCUUUCGGACAAAGCGGGUAUUCAACAUCUGAGAAAGUCCAAUGCGUCCACAUUGGUGACGAUCUCGUCAAAGAUGUUCAGGGAGCAGAUCAAGCUGGAUGGGAAAGUGCACUGCUUCUACCGUCAAACCCCUCAGUAACAUAUGUUCCUCACCAGGACCCGAGCAUUCGCCAAACGUCUUUGCAACUUCUGCAUUCAGAGCUUGGCAGCUGGUGGUCUAAAACCGAGCUCAUCGUCAAGCUCUUACGCGAAGUUCUCAGCACUCCAAAUCCUCGCGGAGCCCUCGCACAGCAACGAGCGUCGAUCAAAGCACCACCAAUCAAAGGGAAAAUGUGGAUAUCAAAAACAACUCUACUCGCCCCAGAGAGUGAUGAAGUCCCACAACUCUUGUACCAAGCGAUUGAUGACCUCAAGAGCUCCCCUUCACAGAUUUACACUAGACCAGCUGUUCUACCAGUAGAAGCCGAAUGGACAGGCUACCGUCCAGAUGUGGACUCUCAGCGUGCUCGCCCCGACCUUAGUGAACGCCAACACUAUGACCGCCUUAUGUCAGAUACAGCAACUCCCAUCACAAUCCUCUACUUCCACGGUGGUGCCUUUAUAAUGAUGGACCCAGCCUCCCACCGCAAUCCGGUUUCCCACCUAUCUCAUCUAACAGGUGGCCGUGCACUGAACAUCCGCUACCGUCUCGCGCCUCAGCACCCUUUUCCAGCCGCCCUCCUCGAUUGCUUCAUAGCCUACCUCUCGCUCCUCUACCCUCCACCGUCCUCCUUUCACUCUACUGUCCCAUCCUCCCAAAUAAUUCUAGCAGGCGACAGCGCAGGCGGAAAUCUCGCCCUUGCCCUCACCCAACUCCUGUUACAAAUCAAUCACAGUACCUCUGAGGCCCAAAAGCAAUCUUUUCGCUUCCAUGAACACGAAGUCACCCUGCCUCUCCCUCUUCCCGCAGGUCUUGCGACACAUUCUCCCUACUUGGACCUGACAGGCUGUCUCCCCUCCCGCGUCUCGAAUGCGCAAUACGAUUACCUCCCUCCACCGCUGACAUCCCUACGCCUCGCUACAUGGCCAAAAGACGAAGUCUGGCCUACCGACCCUCCGCGCGGAGACCCCUAUUGUGAGACCAGCAUUCUCAAUCAUCCUCUUGUGUCACCCGUUUCUGCAAAGAGCUGGGAGGGCGCGCCACCAAUGUGGCUAGCCUAUGGAGAAGAGAUGCUAGCAGAUGAAGGAAAGCAGCUUGCAAGUUUGGCGAGUGAGCAGGGCGUGAAGGUUAUGUGGGAGCAGUGGGAGGCACAGUGCCAUUGUUUUGGCAUGAUAAUGCUAGGGGCGGCGAAUUCAAAGCGAUUUUUUAAGGAUUGGGCGGGAUUCUGCAAGGCGGUCUGCGUUGUUGAAGAGGAUAAGGAAGAGGGCAAGGCCAAAGGAAGCUUGGCAAGCAGUGGGCUGUUCUUCGAGGCCAAAACUUUGAAAGAGAGGGAGGUCGAGGUUGCUAAGCUGAAGGUCGUGGAGAAGAGCGAGCUGGACGAGCUGAUGCUCAAGGCCAUGGAGAAGAGAGAACUGCAUCCCGCAGAAGCGACGAAGACUAUGCCAAAGCUCUGA